AUGCAAUAUUUUUUAUUCAAUUUGUAUAACUUGUCAUUGUAAUGCAAUAUUUUUCAUUCAAUUGGUAUAAUUGUCGUUUUUUUAUUUAUAUGCAAUAAUUUUUAUUUAUAUGCAAUAAUUGCAUUAUGGGAAAUUGUUUGACGUCACAAGGUCAAAUUUGCAACAACGUUUGUGAUUGGUCGAUAUAGUCGGGCAGCCCCUGCUUGACUCACAUGUUGAAGUUGGCACGUUCUCUAUGAACUCCCCUGGUUUGAUUAGCUGUUGAUAUCUAUAUAUGAGAAGGUUUAUAUGAUGUCAGGUCAUAUAAAGGUUUCACAUAGUGAACUUUGUUAUGAUGCUGAGGUCUUAUUGCCACUUAAAGAAGAUGUUUUGGAGAGGGAGACACUCAAAUCACAGUUUCCUUCAGCAGUGGGUUUGAGGUACCAUGUAGGAGGGGUGUUGAAAGCUGUUGCAGCUGAUACAAGAGGGUUUUCUUCUCCAGAUGGAGGUUGGGGAACAAGAAGAUAUAUUGUUGUAACAACAGCAGAAUGUGCUGGACAAGCAAGAGAUAUCAUUGGCAACAGGCCAAGUACAAGUGGAUUGGCUCAGCAGAUUACUUCUGUGUUUAAGUCGUCAAAAGCCACUUCACACCCAAGGACACAUUUCUCACCAAUACAGGGAGCUGCCUCCAGAAAAGACAUUAGACAACAAAUGAAAAAGAAGAAGAAGUUAUUUGAAAAGUCAUAUAAAGUUGUUUUUAUUGGAAAUAUAAAAUUGCCAGGCAUUCUGUGUGCAGAUAUUAUCCUAGAAGAAGGAUUAAUUAACAUAAGUUCGGAGGAUACAGAGGACACUAUUAAAAACAAACUACUUGACAUAUUUGACAGCACUGACAAAGAUCCCACCAAGAUCAUUUUUUUAUCGUGCUCACACAAAAAAUUAUCCAAACCAAAUGUACCAUCAACAUUCAAAUUUGAUGGAAUAGGGCUGAAGGCUCUGAUUGGUCAAGGGAAGCUUUAUGUUCUCGUCGAGGGCCCUGAGUUUGAAAAUGAUAAGGACAUGAUGGAUCAAAACAAAUUAGAUGACACAGACAUGACAGACGAGGAACUUCCAGUAUUCGGCAAGACACACUCUUUACAGAUACCCCAAGCAGACACAAAUGCAAGUAUGAACAGUGACCAGGAAAAUACAGGCUCAUCCGCAAAACCACAAACAGACAUCACCAAAACUGUGCAAAGUCAAGAUAUAGUGGAAGGUGAUCCGGAAGAUACAGGCACACCGACAAUAACAUUUCAUCCAUCGUGCUUAGAACGUAGAGAGCGUAGAUCUCGAUUAAGCUUGCGGUCAUCUACUGGUAAUGAUGCUCUGGCAUGUCCUUCAACUUACAGGUCAUAUGUCCAGCUGUUUGAAACUGAAAUAGUAACAGUUGAUGACUCCGAUGAUGAAGGUGACAAAACCAUACCAAUGGAUGGUGAUAUCAGUUUGCCAGAGUUAUUAAUAAAGUUACAGUCACAGGUUGACCUGGAGAAGAUAACGAAAUUCAAUAUCAACAGAAACCUUGUUUUAGAUGGUGCUCGGAGAGCCAUCAAAAGGAAAUCCUUCUGUGCUAAAAGCAAGAUAAGUGUGAAGUUUACGGACGAUGUAGGAAUCGCAGAAGGUGCCGUAGAUGAAGGUGGACCAAAAAGAGAGUUCUUGAGAAUGCUGAUGAAAAAGAUCCAAUACCUGCACAUUUUUGAAGGUCCUGAAAACAGAAGAAUUUUGGCCUAUAGUACAUCAGCCCUAGAAGACAAUCUGUACAGAGAUGUUGGAUUAUUCUUUUCCCUAUCCAUUGUACACGGAGGACCAUCACCAAAAUUCCUUUCUCCAGUUAUGUACAAUGCGUUGGUAGGACAAGCUGGAGAAAGGAAUAUUGAAGAUAUAGCAGAUGGUGACUUGAGAGGAGAAGUUCAAAAGUUAAAAGAUGCAUCAAGUUUGCAAGACUUGAACAAACAAAUGAAUGCAAUGUCAACCCUGUUGAUAACAGCGGGAUGUUUCAGGCCUAUAUUGAACAUGCAACAAAAAGAUAAAUUAAUCAUGGAUAUUGUCAGAUUUUUGGUCCUGGAAAGAACCAGUACUCCUCUUCACCAGUUGCGUGAUGGGUUACAGACACUUGAUGUAUUAACGUACAUUCAAGAGCAUUAUAAAGCAUUUAAGGAUUUGUUUGUCUGUCAAGGAAAUGAAAAAUUGACCGCUGAAAUGAUGGAGGUGGUGUUUAUGGAUAUCAAAAUGUCAGUCCAGGCAGCAACAGAAGACGGGACGAGGAGAACAUUGUUGGAUAUUGGAGAGAUUUUUUAAUUGACUUGCAAGAAGAUGAGGAUGGUGAAAUUACCUUAGGUGAUGUUUUAUCAUUUGCAACUGGAGCAGACUGUGUACCUCCAUUAGGAUUUGAUCCAUCACCAUCUAUUACUUUUCUUCAUGACUCAGGAUUGUUUCCAAAAGCAAACACAUGCUCAAUGGAGUUGAAGCUUCCAGUUUCAGAAGAUUUUAAUACAUUCAAAAAAAACAUGACUUUUGGAAUUGCAAACUCACCAGGCUUUGGACUGGCAUAAACCAUUCAUGGGAGUCUUUAAUUUUAAUACUCUUCCAUACUUCAUCUUCAUUUUUUGUCUUGCCUGGUACAAAGGUUGUUACAAAUACAAAUUUGAAUAUUUCUGUAUAAAUAUAUUGAUUAUAUAAAUUCUUAUACAAAUGGUAUCAUGUUGUCGUUGUCCAUAGACAUUUGGUUUUCACACAAUAACUUAAGUAUAAGUAAAUAAAAGUCUAUGAAAUUUAAACACAUGUUUUUUUUACCACAAAAGGAAGGUUGGGAUUGAUAUUUGGAGUUUGGUCCUAACAGUUUAGGAGGAAGAGGCCAAAAGGGUAAAAUGUUAACUCUUUUUUUUUUUUUUUAUUGAUUUCAUCAAAAAUUGAAUUAUUUGGGUUCUUUGAUAUGUCUAUUCUAAUCGUGUAUUUGGAUUCUUAAUUUUUGGUCCUGUUUUCAAAUUGGUCUACAUUAAGAUCCAAAGGGUCCAAAAUUAAACUUAGUUGAUUUUAACAAAAAAAUAAUUCUUGGGGUUGUUUGAUAUGCUGAAUCUGAAAAUGUAUGAAUUUUUAUUAUGGGCCCAGUUUUCAAGUUGGUCCAAAUAGGGGUUCAAAUUAAACUUUUGUUUGAUUUCAACCAAAAUUGAAUAUAAGGGGUUCGUUCUUUGACAUGCUCAAUCUAACCAUGUAUUUAGAUUUUUGAUAUUUGGUCCCCAUUAUCAAAUUGGUCCACAUUAUGGUCUAAAGGGUCCAAAAUUGGAACUUUAUUUGAUUUCAUCAAAAAUUGAGUUCUUGUGGUUCUUUGAUACGCUGAAUCUAACCAUGUAUUUAAAUUUUGGAAAAUGGACCAUAAAAAGUGAAUGUCCAAUUUAAAACUUUUCAGCUUUUAGACCCCAUUCAUUCUGUGUCAGAAACCUAUGCAGUGUCAACUUUUUAAUCACAAUCCAAAUUCAGAGCUGUAUGAAACUCGAAUGUUGUGUCCAUAUUUGCUCCCCAUUUUCAGGGUUCCACUUCUGCGGUCGUGUCAAGCUGUGCCCUGCCAAACAUUUUAUUAUGUUAUAGUUUUGAACAAGUUCCAAAAAGAAACUUGGGUGCUUUAUAUGUUAAAUUGUUGUUUGACUCAAACUGCACAGACAUCUGAGGGCUUUUCCAGAAAAUACUAUGUCCCCCCCAGGGAAGGCAAUUUUUUAAAAUAUUAUGUGGGUGGUUGUAUUUGAAAUACCAAAAUGCAAAGGGAGUGCUGUUCUAAUUAAAUUUUAUUUCUGUGGGUGGUGGGGGUAAAAAAAAAGUGCCGUCCCUGGGGGGGACAUAGUAUUUUCUGGAACAGCCCUGAGUUUGAUUAUUUUGUAAAACAUGUAUAACAGUUAGGGAAACUGAUGAGUUGUUGAAAAUAAAAUAUUUAGAUCUAAUGUUAUCAUAAUACUAUGAACUUUUGUUUUGCAAUUUAUGGAGAACAUAACUGUCAGGUUUAUUUUCAUUAAAAUGUUUUAUUAAA